GAUACGUUCCACGGUGGUCAAAACCCAUGUGAGGCUCCCCAUGGUAAGGGUAGCCAUGUUUAAGUAAGUAAGGCUAGUAGUGACAUCAGUUAAAUCGAGGUAGGGGCCCCAUAAUAAGAUAAAGGAUGAAAUACUAAUUUUUAAGAGCUAAGGUUUGAAGGGUGGAAGUAUAAACAACUUCCACAAGUUUUGAGGUGGACACUUAAGGGAAAUACCCUUAUAUGCCGCGAGUUCAAGUAAUGGCGUAGACUAACCCCAACUCACUCGCCAUGUCAUAGAGGAGGAGCAAGGGAGCACCCAGUUGAGGAGCAGCCAGAGAGAGAGCACCACGUGAGCACUACUAAGUAUGUCCGACCACAUAUCCGAGUAAGCAAAGUUUAGACUUUUAGUUAUUUGGUUUAUGAUUACGAGUAAUGACUGGAGAUUAAGACUUUAUGAUUUGAGGUUUGCCCAAGUGUUAGGGCUUUGCUUUUGAAUUACAAUAAUUUAUUUUCGGUAUUGGUAUUUUGAGCACAAUGUUAUUCUUUUUGUUCAAAAUUUUAAAUAUGCUCCGACACAAAACUACUAUUCUAAAGCUUUAGAGACUAUAGUGUUACAACCACUUUCAAAGGUAUGACGGCAUGCUUCGUCAUGGAAGGAUUGGGCUUCAAUUGGGCUGUUUAGUUGAAUCUCUUUUAUAUGGUGUGGGAUUGAAUGAGAAGAAAGGUGAACUUGUGGGCUUAGCAAGUGAGAUUUAAAUGAGGCAUGGGCUAUUAGCAAUUGAAGAGGUAAUUAAGCAAGUUGAUGGGCUAAUCCAAGGAAGAUCAACUCAAGUCGAGAUUUUCGAAGUCUUGAUAGGUACGAACCUACAUGGGUCAUCGAUAUGGAAUUCGAGGAUCUUGACGGGUUGAUCUUUAAGCAUGGAUUCUCGUAUAAGAAAAUACCUUUGGAUUUUUUAAGUUGUUGUAGUGUGAUACCAACGAAAAGAGGAGUAAUUGAAGUUUGAAUUUGCUAAGGAACCGAAUAGUGGGCCCAUAAAACUGAAAUCAAAGAGUUGGAUCAAUAAAAGAAGAUCUGUGCAAGAAGCUCAAUACAAUAGAUGAAGCAUGACUGGAAGAAAAGGAAGCGCAAGAAGUGAAGGUGCAAUCCGCGCCUUGACUGAUAGAAACCCGAUUCUUUGUGUUUUCUAUUAUUAAUUAUGGUAAGAUAAUUAUUAUUAGGGUUAGUAGUGUUCGAAUAGUAUUAAGUUAUUUAUCAGAUUUAUUCCAGUCGGCAGUCUUUCUUUAGAAUAAUCUGAAAUCAAUAGAUAGUAUUAUUUGAUUUAUCUCUCUUAUUCUCUUAAUCCUCUUAAUCAGUCUCUCUUCUCUCCCUCUAGGCCGUCGGCCAUUCUUUUCCUUUUCUGUCACUCACAUUUCCUCCUCUAAAUUCAUAAUCCCCAAUUAUAUCCUUCCUAUCCUAAAUCUCUAAUUAUUUCCUAGUGAAAUUACAAUUUUAUCAAAUCCCUAAAGAUCGAUGUAUUCUGAAAUCUCUUAACCUGUACCCUAGACGCCUUAUAUCACAGAGUGGCCUCGUGAGUUCUGCCAUCACAAGUUGCAUUGGCCGCUGUGCGCUGUCCUCUGUACACAUUCAGUUGGAAGAAGUCGAAGUGAUUUUCCAUCACAAGGAAAGGAACAGCAACUUCCUCCGCAUUGUGACUAGCUAGAAGAGAAUGACAGAAUUAAGGUGCCCAUAUCGCAAAUUCAACAGACUCCUCCACCAACUCUCUACCCAACCUCAACUCUAAAUGUCGAUUGCAUGCACUAGAGCUUCUUUUCACAGAUGAGGGUGACACUAAUUAAUCUGGAUGCACACAUUCACACUAGUCGCACGGAAGAGCAAGAAUGAUUUCCAUCUCCAAUCUUCCUUCCAAGUAUUUACAAAUUAAGAUGGCUUGUCAUUAAGGACAUCAUGGCAACAGAAAUUUGAUGCUGCAGCUGCUACUGGAGUGGAUCCAUACCAUACAGGUACACAUCUGUUCAUUUCACUUGUCAAAGCAUGAUGCCAGUUCUAUAUAGGAGCUGCUGUUCUUUGCUGUUUAGUACAUGGAAACCAGUUCUGAUUCUCUCAUUUUUGUUCUAACCAAAAGACCUCAAGUUGUAGAACUUGCUUUUUUUUUUCUUGUGCUGAAUGAAAGAAAAAGACUUUCAGUGUGGUGAGUUGGAUAGUUGGGAGCCUUUCUCCAAACAAGGCCAUUUUGGGGUAUGAAAGUAUUGAAACAUUUGGCUUCUUUGUUUGUUUUGUUUGAGAGGAGUAACAAAAGAACACUCAAACUGUGAGAUCCUUGUUGAAUUUGCCAAAAGAGUUGGUUGAUAGUAACUUUCAAUGCUCAGGAAAAGGACACAGAAAGAAACAAUAAAAUGGAUCGGAAUUACAAAAUAAGGGAGUUGGAAAGCAACAAGAGAACAAGAUGAACCUUGUAAUUGCCACAAACAUGGGAAGAAGUUAUAUCUUGUAUAAUAUUCCACUUUGGCUUUGGGCUGGCAAAAGCUCUGCAGAGUAACAUGUGGAUACUGCCAUCAUGCAUGCAGUUGGCACUCAGCCCCAAAACCAAACAAAAACAAGAAAAGAGAAUGAGGGUCAUAUUAAGGUAGGGAAGGAAAAUAACCACAGAACAGCUUUUGAUUUCAGGAGCUUUGCUUUGGUUAUUGACAACUACAUUAAUUUUAACCUCUUCCUAGUUAGUGUUUAAUAAACAAUGGUCAUUGGUAAUAAUUGUUUGCAAGUUUUGCUUCAUGUACAUGUAUUUACUGUCUCUCUGAGAUUAGGACCACACCAGAAGCAUCUUUUGCCCCUCAAAAUAAGGGCCCCAAAGAAGAAAAAGAUCAAAGGAAAAAAAAAAGGCAUGUUUCUGUUGCUCUGGGGCAUUCAAAUUGACCAGAAUAUUUAGUUGCUGCAAACACAACAACAGCAAAACAAUAAUAAUAAGCAAAGGACAUCAUAAUUUCAGCACGUUGCUCUUUUUCAGCAAAACACAUACUGUAAAGGGCAAGGGUAAAGAAAAGGGAAGAAUCCAGGCAGAGAUCUUCUUGCUUUUAGGCUCUGGAUACUUUAGCAAAAGAUCUGCACUCUUUCUGAGCAUCAAACCCUCUUUUUUUCAUCCAGUUCUUUAUGAGUUCACUCCAGGAGAUCAACAACAAGGAUGGUAGAUUGAUGCAUCAACCUCUCAAGCUACAAAGAACCAACCAGGCAUGGGUUCCAAACUCCAUUGCUCCCUUAUUCUUGCCCUCGCAUUCAUCAUCUCAUUCUUCCCAUCGCAUUCAGAAGCAAGAAACAAGGCUGCUGAUCAGGAUGCCUGCAACCCGGUCGAUCUCAGAAGCCUGGCUGAUGUGAAGGCAGGAAUCAAGGUCGACACAUCUGGCCGCCUCUCCAAGUGGUCUGGCAAUGGCUGCUGCAACUGGGAAGGCAUUGUCUGCAGCAAUGCCACUGGCAGGGUGACUGAAAUCCGUCUCCCGGGUCUCAUCACCACAGAAGAUUCCAUCUUCCAGUCUGAGAUGAAUGGCUUCCUGUCUCCUUCCAUCACGUCCCUUUCUUCCCUCCAAGUUCUUGAUCUUGGUGGCCUCAUCAGUAUUGGAGGUAUCAUCCCGCCAUUGAUUGGCUUUCGCCUCCCGGAUCUCCAAAAAAUCUAUCUUUUUGGCAACAGGCUCACUGGGUCGUUGCCUGAUAGCAUAGGUAAGCUCUCAAAACUCCAAGAACUUCAAUUGCAUGAGAAUAGCCUCUCUGGAUCUCUCCCUCCAAGCAUUGGCAAUCUGGAAAGUCUUAACCAGCUGUUGCUGUAUUCCAAUGAAUUCUUCGGUCCGGUUCCUGAUUCAAUUACCAAGUUGAGGAACCUGGUGGAUUUGGAUCUCCAUGGGAAUUCUCUAAGUGGGAAGAUACCAGGCAAGAUUGGAGAAUUGCAAGGGUUGAAACUGCUGGAUCUUUCAAACAAUCACUUGACUGGAGAAAUCCCAGUUUCCAUCACAGACCUGAGGUCCAUUUCCGUGUUGUAUCUGGAUACAAAUGAUCUCCAGGGAGAGAUCCCAUUUCCUUCAAGCUGUGGGGGGCAAAUGUCUUCCUUGGGAUUUCUCAGGCUGAGCAACAACAAUCUAACAGGAAGAUUACCUCCAAACUUUGGAUGCUUGGUUUCGCUCCAGAGAGCUGCUCUUGACAACAACAAACUCCAUGGACCAAUUCCUUCAAGUUUAGGGAAUCUUUCAGCUCUGUCAGAGUUAUACCUCGGAAGCAAUCGAUUAUCUGGUAAAUUACCAUGUUCAUUAGGCCAACUCUCCAGGCUCAUUAUGUUGAACAUCUCUCACAAUAAGAUCAAAGGACAAUUGCCUCAAGAAUGCAUGUCUUCCUUGCACAACCUUCAGACAUUAGAUCUGUCAUUCAACCGGUUGAACCUGACCUCAUUCCCAAGAUGGAUAGCACAAAUGCCGUCUCUUUCCAGGAUACUUCUUGCUGGUUGUGGAAUCCAGGGGGAAAUUCCACAGUUCUUGUAUUCAACUCCAAGUCCUAUCCAGGAACUGGACUUGUCAGCUAACAACCUUACUGGCAUUUUACCAGGAUGGUUGGGGAAACUGACUAGUCUCUACUCGCUGAAUCUUUCAAGGAACUCGAUUGUUUCAAACAUCCCUGAUACAGUUAUAAACUUGCAAUCUCUCGGAGUGCUGGAUCUUCACUCCAACCUGAUGACAGGCUCUGUGGAGAAAGUUUUCGAGAUAGGAAGCAGCUUCCUCGAAGAUGGUACUUUGAAGCAUAUUGAUCUUUCUGAUAACCAGUUCACAGGUGGAAUUGAAAGCCUUGGGUUAGGAUCACAAGCUUCAGUGAACCAUCUCAAUCUCUCGAGGAAUUAUCUCGAAAGAAGCUUGCCAAACAGCGUAGGGAGACUGAUGUCGCUGCAGGUCUUGGACUUGAGCCAUAAUAAUCUCUCUUAUGAGUUGCCAGAAUCGCUAGGAAAUGUCAUCUCAUUAGAGAAGCUAAAAUUGCAGAGAAACAAGUUUACUGGGAAAAUUCCAGGAGGGUUUCUGAACCUGAAGAGCCUAGAUGAACUUGAUUUAUCAGAUAAUCUUCUAGUUGGAAAAAUUCCUGAUGGUAAGCCUCUAAGCCAAUUCCCCAGAAGCAGCUAUUCUAGGAAUGCAGGCUUAUGUGGGAAGCCUCUGGAUCCCUGUACUAAUUCUUGAUUACAAGGGAAUUUUGCUUUCUUCAGAAGUUCAUAAGCUUUUACUUAGCUUACUCGAUUACUUGCUUCGAAAGAUUUUCUCGUUGAAUUUUCUUUCUUUUGUAAUUUGUUCAGCAGUUUAGAGAUAUGGGUUGGGAGAGGUUUACGAUCCAUAUUAUAAAUAGAACAAUUACAU